AUGGCAAAUAAGCCUACAAGAGACGUUCUUGGGAUCAUAUUCCAAAACUUUUGGAAGUCCCUGAGACCGCGUCAGUUCCGUGGAAACUAUAUUGGCGAGGACUAUUUUGGCAACAAAUACUACGAGAUUCCGGCAAAUCCUUCAAUCGGAAAACGAAAGGCAUCCCGCUGGUUCGAACCAGCAGACAAGGAAGCUUUUGAUCAGGAACUCACCGCUGAGUGGGAGGCGUGGCUGCGAGGACGUCGGGAGGAGCCACCAACACGCGAGGAGCUGGUGAAGAAUCUUCAGAUCAUGGAAAUGAAGAAACGUAAUGCCGCUGAACUGGAGGCCACUUACUCCAAGCAGAAGGAUGACAAAGCAAUACCCAAGCAAGUCGAUGGGCCUACCAUUGGAACCUACCCAAAGUACAAGGAGUACGAGUUUAUACCAGGCCGAGAGCCCCCCGAGAAGUAAUUCACGCACAGUACUUUGUAUUUUUAGAGAAUUUAAUGUGUAAAUAUAGUUAAAUGAUCCUAAAA